AUGAUUAAUGCAAUAGAAACCGUGUUAUCAACGACUGCGAAGCCAAGCAAUAUGAGGAAUAAAGUUGAAAAAACGAAGGAUGGCAGAGUCGAAGUAAAAGCUUAUACAAAAAAUGGUUUGAAGAAUGUGAAUUCAUAUGAUAAAUUAUGUAAGGCAUUAAAGUCAGAAUGCACUAGUUUGAGAACCGGCGAUAAUAAUAUCAGAUGGAAAAGAAGAAUUCUGAGAAUUGCAAAGACUUUGGGUGAAAAAUCAUUACGGUGUUCAGCAAUUUUAUUCAAUAACUUACAACAAGAUAAUGACCGACGAAGUUCUGGAAAUAAAAUUGAUGCUAUUAUGAAGCUGUUAGAUGUAAACCUAGAGUUUUUAGUUGUAGAAGUUUCAGGAUCUCCAACAAAUCCUGAUCAUAGCCACUACAUCGGCGACCGUAACAAAAUUGCAAAAUUCUUGAAAAUUAUUCUAAAUUUUAUUAGGAUAAAUUAUCGUGGAGAUUUUCAACAAUUUCGAAAAAUAAAAGUUUACGGGAUACAAGUUUUCAGUAAUUUUUUUUAUGUUUAUAGCUUAUCACUACCUUUUUCUGGAAUAUAUUACUUCAAGCAAGAGUUUGUUUUCAAAUGUCCAACAAUUACAUUUCUUGCAUUUAGAACUUUACCAAAAUUUUUAUCGAAUCUAUGGAAAAUGCGUGAGAUGAUUUCUUCAAGUGCCGAAGCUAUUGUUUCAUAUAUAGAAAAUGCAGAUGAAUCAGAUGAUGGCGACGAACUUAAUCCGGUGAUCAUUUCACCAAAGAAAUCUAAACGUCUGGGCAUAGGGAUACAAGGCAUGCCCUUAGG